GGCGGCGCGGGGCGAUGGCGGCCGCGGGCGCGUUCAGCCUGAGGGAGGUUCUGGACGCCUUCCGGGGAUGCGUGACCGAGCGGCGGGAGGUGCUGCUGGAGCCCUACCUGAGCGGCUGGUGGGGGCUCAUCCGGUUCCUUCAGAGCCUCGGCGCCGUCUUCGGCUUCAUCUCCAAGGACGCCGUUGCCAAGGUGCAGAUCAUGGAGCGGCACCGCCGGGGGGAGCAGGGGCAGCACUACGAGUCCCUGCAGUCCAUGGUGGAAUUCGAGCUCUCCCGGGGGCCGGGGGAGCUGCGGGGCCGCCCCGACUCCGGGUGCCGGACGGUGCUGCGGCUGCACCGCGCCCUGCUCUGGCUGCAGCUCUUCCUGGAGGGGCUGCGCACGGGACACAGGGAUUCCCGGACCUCCACCAUCUGCACGGACUCCUACAACGCCUCGCUGGCCAAACACCACCCCUGGGUGGUCCGCAAGGCCGCCACGCUGGCCUUCUGUGCCCUGCCCUCCCGGGACGCCUUCCUGGAGGUCAUGAACGUGGGCCCCCCCGAGCAGGCCGUGGACAUGCUGGGGGAGGCCAUUCCCUACAUCCAGAGUGUCUAUGGCAUCACCCAGGAGCUCUUUGCCCAGCACAGCCUGCUGGACCUGCCCUGACAGGAGGGGGCACAUCCCAGCAGGACUGGGGUGAAAAAUCAAGUGUUUCUCUGGCUCUCUGCCCGUGGGCACCUCCACUUUCCCCUUCCCACUUAGCCAAGCUAUUCUGGGUGCCUCACCUUACAAAACAUAUACCAGGGGUUUUUAUAUCUAUUUAUGUGAUACAUAUAAAACACAUAUCAUACAUGUAUUUUAUAUCUAUGUCAGUGUCUGUGAGGGGGCUCCCCACAGGCUUAAGGAUUUCCUUUCCCUUCCCAGCAGGGAUCUGACCACUUAGCCAAGCUAUUCAGGGUGCCUCACCUUGGAACAGAGAAAUAUGAGCCAGGGUUUUUUAUAUCUAUGUACGUUAUAUAUAGAUACAUGUAUGAAAUGUAUUUUAUAUCUUAGUGUGGAGCUCUGCAGUAAGGAGAAAAAACCCCACAGCAGCAGGAGCUUUAAGGAUUUCCUUUCCCUCUCCAGCAGGGAGCUGACCACUUAACCAAGCUAUUCAGGGUGCCUCACCUUAGAACAGAAAAAGAAGUACCAGGUUUUUUACAUCUAUUUAUGUUAUACAUAUAAAACACAUAUCAUGCAUGUAUUUUAUGUCAGUGUGUGUGUGGAGCUUGACACUAAGGAAAAAAACCCCUGCAGCAGUAUGAGCUUAAGGAUUUCCUUUCCCUUCCCAGCAGGGAGCUGGCCAAGCUAUUCAGGGAGACAGAAAAAAGAUGUUCCAGGGUUUUUUUCUAUCUGUGUGUGUUGUACAGACAUACAUGUAUGAUCUGUAUUUUAUAUCUGUGUCAGUGUGUGUGUGUAGACCUCGAGAUUAAGAAGAGAACUCACAGCACUAUGAGCUGCUUAAGGGAUUUCUUUUUUUGUUCCUGGAGUCACCUCCAGCUCUCCAGCAAGGCUGGGAGGGGAGGUGGUUUCUUUUUUAAGCCAAACUCUGCAAUUCAGCAGCUUCUGUGCAUUUACACCACUAGUUGUGGCCUUGUGUGACACGAGGUGGGGUCUGAACACAUUUACACUCCACUUGAUCUCCCCUGGCCACUUCUGUUUAUCAGCUUCAUUGCAUCUGGGGGGUUUUGGGGGGUUUUUAACCUUGAGAAUGUAACUCUGAGUGAAGGAUGUGUGGUCACUCCCCCACCUGAGCACUGCUGCUAAUCCUGUGUCCCCCAGAGCUGAAGGAGCUGGGGGUGGAUGUCCCAGAUCCCCUCAGCAGCACCUCCUGUGCCCUUCCCCUUCCCAUUAAAUCCAUGCUCUUUGCACUUGGGAUGUGGACCAAUUCCUAAGCUGUGUCCAGCCCAGGCUGCAGGCUGCACCUGAGCUGGGUUCCAGCUGUGCUUCUACGUUGUGUGCUCAUGUGGUGGUGGUUGUUUGGGGUUUUUUUUUUGGUUAAUGAAUGUGUUAAAUGCCUACAAAAACGAUUUCUCUGACUGAGGAGAAAUCCACACUUGUACUGUAAAUCACUACAUGGCUUCUACUGCAAAUCACUGUAAUAGCCAAAGGAUGCAAAAUGGAAUUUACUGAGCUUCUGGAAAGCUGAGAACACACUACAUGUUUAGUCCAGGGUGAUGUGAAUGUUUGGGGGAGGAGGGGGAACCUCACAAGCUGUACCAUGUUCUGAUUGUAUCUUUUGGGCAUAAUGUAACACGGUGUGAUCCAGCAAAUCACUGUUACCUCGUGGAAACUGGAUUAACUGGACAUAAAGUUACGUGAAUAAUGUG